UGUCGGCUUAUCCGGAAACUAUGCUGUGGAUCCUUGCAAAAUCUUAACGGAUAGUCUGCCGACGAAACGAUGGACAAUCAUUUACUUUUUUACUGUUACAAAUCAGAAAGCUAUUUUUUAAGGUACCUAAAACAAACAUAGCAAAUCAUGGCUAAUCAUUUUAAGAAAAUGAAACUAAUAGAAGAAGAAAUGAACAAAUUUGAGAAAGAAAUUGGUAUAAGCAAUAAUGUCGAUGAUAAUAAUAAAACUAAAAAUUGUUUAAAAAAAAAAAAAAUUCAUUGUCACAAUUCUCAACAAUUUCCCUUGGAUGUUGCUUUGUAUAAAGAAAUCAAUUCACUGUUACAAAAUCAAUGCGUGUCUACUUUAAGUUCUAAGACAAAAAAUAAGUCUUCAAUAAGUAAAAGUGAAUUAAAUAGCAAAGCGCACAUAGCAAUUGCAGCUGCUGGAUGUGCAUCAUCGUCCUCUAAAGUAUACAGUAAAAAACAAAAAAAAUUCUAUCGUAAAGCCGCUGGAAAGGUUUGGUACGAUCCAACUUUGGCACAGUGGUCAAAUGAUGAUUUUCGUCUAUUUGUGGGAAAUUUGGGAAGAGAAGUUAAUGAUCGUAUGUUGAGUAUGCCAUUUAUGCAAUAUCCUUCAUUCAUUAAAGCUUAUGUAGUGAAAAAUCGAGAGACAAGCAUGUCGCGUGGUUGCUAUGGAUUCGUAUCGUUUGCAAAUUCUGUGGAUUAUUUACGAGCUAUCAAAGAAUUACAUGGAAAAUAUGUCGGAAGUCGCCCAAUGAAAAUCGAAAAAAGUAAUUGGAAAAAAAGAAAUACUGACAUUGAAUAACUUAAAAUAGCUACAAAAGUAUUAGUUUUUUUCAUGAUUUCAAUAUCUACAAAAAC